GUUGCCGCCUCAAUCGGUUUUUGUCACCAUUUGACUAUUUUGUUGGGGUCAAUUGUGUGCUGUCAACUAUCAAUUGUUAGAGUUCCCACUUUGCAAUCCUGCCACUCAGUGUUUACAUCAGUUUUGAAACUUGUCUGUUAUUGUGCUAAAAUGAAGAUGGAUCUGGAGGUGGUGUUCACAGAGCUAGGACAGUUUGGCCGCUACCAGACUUGGCAAUAUGCUCUCCUGACCAUUCCACUCAUCGCCUCAGCCUUCGAGGAGAUGAGUUAUAUUUUCACUUCUAGUGAGGUGGACUACAGAUGUUUUAUACCGGAAUGUGAAUGGCCUAACACCACAGAUUUCCUUCCCUCAUGGUUGCCAAACACAGUUCCUUACGACGGAGAUCCUCCGGAGCCCAAGUGGUGUGAGCGUUACGCAAGCCGAGACAGUCAUAACAACAGCUGCAGUAAAGAUAACUUCCUGGACAACGUUACUGAGACGUGUGAUCAGUGGGUGUUUGCCACCAAGGAACGGACAAGUGCUACAGAGUUCAAACUGCUAUGUGAGGACAAUGUUUUCAAGCGGACUAUGGUUGGGACUGUUAACAAUUUCGGACUGAUUACCAACUAUGUCAUCAUUUGUUAUCUGUCUGACAGGUUUGGCCGUAAGACUAUGCUGUUGCUGUUAACAUUGACACAAGGCUUGUUAGUACUCGCUCAGUCAUUUGCUCCAACAUAUUCCUCAUUCAUUUCACUAGAAUACUUGGUCUGUUUUUGUUCUACUUUCAAUACUUCAUUCAUUCUGGCCAUUGAGAUAGUGGGAGGAGACAAACGUAUCUUUGCCAACUGUUUGAUGAACACUUUGUACUCGCUGGGAGAAGUGAUUGUUGCCCUGAUCAUGUGGUGGGUGCAAGACUUCCGAAUUUUGUUACGAGUCAUCGCAGGCAUCAAACUGGCCAACCUGCUGUACAUGUGGAUGGUUACCGAGUCAAUUCAUUGGUAUAUGACCAAAGAGUAUUACGAGAAAGUUGUAAGCACUGUAAAAAACAUAGCUCAAUGCAACAAGAAAGAGAUUUCCGAGUCAACCCAGCAUGCGCUCAAUCUCCUUCUGGCUAGAGAAGAAAAGGCAAAACAGUCUGAAACAAAGCAACAAACAAGAUCAGUCAUACGAGAACUGUUGAAGUCUCCUGCUCUGCUGGUUCGCUUUGGCAUCUGUUCCCUCACAUGGUUGGUCAACGUGUUCGUCUACUUUGGCUUCUCGUUGAUGUCAGUGACACUUGCGGGCAACAAAUACUUCAACUUCAUCCUGAUGGCUCUAGUCGAAGUGCCGGCCUACGCCUUGAUGUGGAUUGGAAUGGAGUUCUUCAACAUUGGCAGAAAAACGACUCUGGUUGGAACUUGUUUCCUCGCUGCUGUUCCAUGUUUCAUCUAUUUAUUCGUGCCUUCUGACGCAGACAUCACUCGACUUUGCUUGUUCCUGCUGGGUAAGUUUGCCAUCACCAUCUCCUACACGGUGAUAUACGAGGUCGGCGCGGAAGUGUUUCCUACAGAGCUGCGCCAGUCUAUGGUUGGCUUGUGUUGCGCCGUGGCGUGCCUCGGUGGUUUGUUUGCACCUCAAAUACCACUCAUGGCGAUGUACAUGAACCCGAUGAUGUUGUUCUUCUGGUUGUCGGUUGGAGCUGGCUGUUUGUCUCUAAUGUUGCCUGAAACACAAGGUCGUAGUCUCCCAGAUACCAUCAUGCAGGCCAUCAAACUUACCUGAUAUGUACUUUGACUUUAUAUUAAUUAUUAUAAUCUUUUAAA